AUGAAGGCUGCCUACACCGCCUAUCGAUGCCUCACCAAAGACCUAGAGGGCUGCGCCAUGAACCCGGAGCUGACAAUGGAAAGUCUGGGCACUUUGCACGGGCCGGCCGGCGGCGGCAGCGGCGGGGGCGGGGGCGGGGGCGGCGGGGGCGGCGGCGGGGGCCCGGGCCCUGAGCAGGAGCUGCUGGCCAGCCCCAGCCCCCACCACGCGGGCCGCGGCGCCGCCGGCUCGCUGCGGGGCCCGCCGCCGCCGCCGCCGCCGCCGCCCCCGCCCCCGCCGGCCGCACACCAGGAGCUGGGCACGGCGGCGGCGGCGGCGGCGGCGGCGUCGCGCUCGGCCAUGGUCACCAGCAUGGCCUCGAUCCUGGACGGCGGCGACUACCGGCCCGAGCUCUCCAUCCCGCUGCACCACGCCAUGAGCAUGUCCUGCGACUCGUCCCCGCCCGGCAUGGGCAUGAGCAACACCUACACCACGCUGACGCCGCUCCAGCCGCUGCCGCCCAUCUCCACCGUGUCCGACAAGUUCCACCACCCGCACCCGCACCACCACCCGCACCACCACCACCACCACCACCACCAGCGCCUGUCGGGCAACGUCAGCGGCAGCUUCACCCUCAUGCGCGACGAGCGCGGGCUCCCGGCCAUGAACAACCUGUACGGCCCCUACAAGGAGAUGCCCGGCAUGAGCCAGAGCCUGUCCCCGCUGGCCGCCGCGCCGCUGGGCAACGGGCUGGGCGGCCUCCACAACGCGCAGCAGAGCCUGCCCAGCUACGGGCCGCCGGGCCACGACAAAAUGCUCAGCCCCAACUUCGACGCGCACCACACUGCCAUGCUGACCCGCGGGGAGCAGCACCUGUCCCGCGGCCUGGGCACCCCGCCCGCGGCCAUGAUGUCGCACCUCAACGGCCUGCACCACCCGGGCCACGCGCAGUCCCACGGGCCGGUGCUGGCGCCCAGCCGCGAGCGGCCCCCCUCGUCCUCGUCUGGCUCGCAGGUGGCCACAUCGGGCCAGCUGGAGGAGAUCAACACCAAAGAGGUGGCCCAGCGCAUCACGGCCGAGCUGAAGCGCUACAGCAUCCCGCAGGCGAUCUUCGCGCAGAGGGUGCUGUGCCGGUCUCAGGGGACGCUCUCCGACCUGCUGCGGAACCCAAAACCGUGGAGUAAACUCAAAUCUGGCAGGGAGACCUUUCGCAGGAUGUGGAAGUGGCUUCAGGAGCCCGAGUUCCAGCGCAUGUCCGCCUUACGCCUGGCAGCGUGCAAACGCAAAGAGCAAGAACCAAACAAAGACAGGAACAAUUCCCAGAAGAAAUCCCGCCUGGUGUUCACCGACCUCCAACGCCGAACACUCUUUGCCAUCUUCAAGGAGAACAAGCGCCCGUCCAAAGAGAUGCAGAUCACCAUUUCCCAGCAGCUGGGCCUGGAGCUUACGACCGUCAGCAACUUCUUCAUGAAUGCCCGGCGCCGCAGCCUGGAGAAGUGGCAGGACGAUCUGGGCACAGGAGGCUCCUCAUCCACCUCCAGCACUUGUACCAAAGCGUGAUGGGAGGACUCUCGCGGUUGGGCACAGGUCACCUCCAGAUGGGGACAACCGACACAAAAGAAAACACAAAGGAAAAAAGACACCGGAUUCUUAGCUGGGGCCCUUCACUGGUGAUUUGAAAGCACAAUUCUCUUAAAAAGAAACUUCUAUUCUAGCUGUAAUCAUAGGCCAGGUGUUCUGUUUUGUUUUGUUUUUAAUGGCUAUGGAGUCCAAGUGCAAGCUGAAAAUUAAUCUUUUUGAACCGGACAUUGUCCUCUCAGCAUGCUGAGCAUCCCAGAAACCCAAAUGAGGCCUUCCUGGAGCGAAGUGAUUCCAGUGUGGUGUCAGCCAAGCUCGGGAUCUCGCCAGAUGUCAACAGUCCCACUCUGGGCCCUGUUGCAGUCAGAGUUCCCACCUGUCACAGUGGGAAUUUGGCCUGUGUAAAGAUUCUGAGUUUGGGCUCCUAAGAUGCUACCAUAAGAGAUUCUUCUAGCAACAAGAAUGACCUCAUUUGCUUUCCAAGUGCUUAGCCUCAUCAUACCACAGUACACCAAAGUUCACAGCCAUAACAUUUAAAAAAAAAAAAUCAGAAUAAUUACUGAGCACAACUUUUAAAUACGGAAAUUUAAAAAAAAAAAAUCCAAGGACCUGUUUUUCCAACUCAGGCAUCAUUCCAUUGAAUGGUUUGGAAAGCUUUAAGUUGAUCCAGUUUACAAUUUUCUUUUCCUUACCUCCUGGAAAUCUCACGUGGUCUUGGAUCCAUCAAAAAAAAAAAAAAAUCAGUUCUCUUGAGCUCAACGUAUCAAGCACAACGUAGAUAAACAGAGAAGUAAGGAAGGUUCUGGAUUCACCACAUCUGGAUUUUCAAGACGCUGAUUGUGAAGUCAUUAGGGAAUCGUUGGGAAUAUGGCUUCAAGCACAUUUUGCAGUUUGCUACAAAUUCUGUUUGUACAUAAUGCAGACGCACACUCAGGAGGCCAAUUUAACUGUUACGGUACAUGGAGAAAAUGCAGCAUUUUAAAAGAUCUAGAUUUUUUUAGAUCAUUGAUGUAUCCUCCUCGGUUAUUAGUCACCUGGUUCCUCCUAUUGUGCAUUGUAACUACCACAUGAUCCAUUCUCACUAUUUCAGAUUUCUGUUGUUUCCUCAUCCAUCCCAUCGGUAGGGACGUUUUUCAGUGUUUUCUAGCAAGAAAAAAAAAAAAGGAAGUAAUUCAAACCACCAUACGUGUAACUCAUGAGGGUCAUCUGGUCCCAAAUCUCUUCCAUUGUCGAUUCAUCCUUGCAAAACAGCUGAGUAAAUCUGGAGAAAACACAGCACACCAAAGAAGCAGAAUACUGCAAACCAAAGACAUUUAUUACUUGCCAUUUUCUAGCCUAAAAAUACUGUGAUUACUUUUAGAAAUCAGAAAACCUCUGCAACUCCGAAUGGCAUUCAGCUCUUGCAUUUGGCUCACCAUCAGGCUGAGCGGACGGGCUAGCGAAGCCACCCCGGGGGUGGCUUUGCCACGCCAGCCCUGGCUCCUGGCUGUCACCUUCCCACAGCACGCGGAAGAGCGCCCACACGACUCUGGGAGGUUGCGAAGGUCACGAUGUGCAUAUUUACCAGUGAAUGGCCCCAGGUGGGCACCACGGGGGAGGGGUUCGAAGCAAGCCAAACGCUGCAAUGAUUCUUUACAGACACUUGAGACUGACUUUUUUAUGAAUUACUUAAUCGAAACCAAAGAAACUUUUUCUGCACCUAAUUCUGCAACAAACAAAACUGUUCCAUUAAAAUGAAUAAAUAAAUACGUAAAUCCGUGAAAAUCACCACCACCAAGAAGGAAGCACGCCAGAAAACAAAAACAAAAAAACCCCACAAAAUCAAAACCAAAAACAAAACAAAACAACAACAACAAAAAACACAAAAAACAGCGAGACACACUGUGUUUAAACAGACCUCUUGGGACAUUUUUUGGAAGCAGAUUUUAAAGAAAGGGUUGAGACAGGAAUAGAUAUGAGGAAAAGCCUCGGCGGCUACUGCUUCAUUUGACAACUCACGCGGUAAUCUUAAAGUUGAAGAUUGUCUUUAAUUUGUGCCUAUGCAGUUUUUCAAAAGAACACGGAACAGAGCAACAGAAACCUCAACAGCUACAAUACCAAAGAUGAGGAUUUCUCACAUCUUUUGUUUCAAUUCGUUAUCUCCUCUUGUCUGGCUAAAAUACUAAUAGCGUCAUUGAUCUGUGGGAAGGUAAUCAAUUUUGUUUCUGAGCAACAAAAGGAAAGGGUCAUUGAUUUGAUUUUAUUGUUUCCCUUUAAUUUUGUUUUAUGGCUUUCUACCCCAACAUGGAAUCUCUCAAAAGGUUCCAUGGACUCCAAGUUUAAGAUGUUGGGAUACUGAACUGUUCUCUCUACUCCUCGGAGUUUGGGGAAUAAUGUCACUUGAAUGUUCUUUGCUAACCCCUUAGACUUGGUUCCUUCUAUGUUCAGAGUCUCAGCAUCAGGGGAGGGAAGGGGAGUGAGGGUCAGGGUCAGAGGUCUUGGUGACACAUCCUCUCCUGAACCACAGAACCAAAGAGUUUAUAGAGGAAUCAACAGCCUCAUUUUCAUGUGAUUGCUACAUCCUAACGGCUUCAUUUGGGGGAGGGGGGAAACAUGUAAAAAUAAUUGCCAGUUUCUACUUUUCUAUUAGCUUUUUAAAAAUCGGCUGUAAAGUUGCAUUUCUAAAGAAAGAGAUAUAUAUAUAAUAUAUGAAUACAUAUAUAGAUUCAACUUGACAUUGGUGAUAACCCCAAAUUCUUGCUGUCCGAAUCCAUGUCUUGUUUUGGUCAAGUGCUUCAUUUAUUAAGCAUUCAGUUCCGAAUUCUGCUCAUUUCUCAUGCCAUCCCAGAGCCCAGAGUCCGUUCUCCACUGUGGAUGAUUUGGAGUACUCAGAUUUCUGUGAAAGUUCCUGAAAAGGUUGAAAGUCCAACUCCAGCAUUUCAACAUUUAGCCUGUUGAUAAAUGGAUCCAUGGUGCAAAGGAGUUUUUAUUUGUAUCUGGAGUCAUCUCUAGUCUACGCCUCAGCCACCGUCAAGGUAGCGAGUGGGGUCUGUCCAUGAGGCCGGGCCCACAGCUGGGCUGGGGCCAGUGGGGUGCUUGUCUUCUGUAACUGCUGGGGAGGCUCGGUGGUCCAUUCCCACUAACUGUGAAGAUGAGGCCAGUCCAGAAGGUGUUCUCCAGGAGCUACCCCGUCCUAUCAGGGUGUCCAGAUCCCCUCGGUGAGCAGAUCCACCGAAGGGACUUCUCACAGGGGAAGCCCAACUUGUGUUGCGAUGGGCUGACCAGGUUUCCCCAGGGUGGCAGUUACCAACCUGUAUUGACAGGCCUGUGUGCAACCACAGCAGGCACUGGAGUAAGGCAGUGAUACUUAAUCCUCGGGGGCUUGUCUCAAGCCUGGAGGGAAAACACAAAGCAGGGUUUGGGGCGAAUCCCAGCAUCCUGCCCCCGAGUGCCCCAUUGUCCGAAGUGCCACCUCCUUGCGCCCACCACGGGGCUCUCCCUUGGCAGGGGCAGCAGUCACAGAGCUUUGAAGGAAUAUGACUCUCCAUGGCUUUUGUACUCCAUCCGAUCGCAACAUUUUCCAGGACUUUUCCUGGUAUCCUUUUGUCUCUUGCUCAUACCCCAUGUCUUCUUUGUCAGACGACUGAGAAAAAGAGCAUGUUUCAGCCGGGGAAUGCUCCAUAUGGGUUGAUAAAAAAGGAGUUUCAGCUCAGCCCUUUCUAAAUGAAAUCCUUGUGACUUGGGGCCAGUGUUUUGGAGAUUGGAUUGAGGGAACAAGCCUGCUUGGUUUGGUUAGCGAUCCUUUGGCACGCUAAUCUCACCAUUUGGGUUCCGGCACCCUCUGAAGAUGUCAAAACCCAAAGAGGCUGCCUUUGUGGCCUGAGAUUUCCGUAGUGCUAAAACCUGUUGUAGCCACGUACACGCCCUCCGUGUUGCUGGUGACCCGAGGAGGACGUGAUGAUGCAAAAGGGGCAAGAACUUCCCUCCAAGGACAUUUGUCAAAUGUUUCUUACUGGAUAAUGUCAUCCCAGAGAGAGGUGCUUGCUUCUGGAAAAUUAUUUACAUACAUCUAUGAGUACACAUGUGUAUUCAUAUAUUUAUGGAUCAGAAUUAUAAGCCCUACAGAAUUUCAAUUUGUGAAAAAUCUGAAAGCAAAAAAAAGAUCCUGCCAAUUGAAAGGUAAUGAAAUUUGACCCAGUGGGUUUCCUCAAGCAUUUUUAAAACUUAAGUUAAUCAUUUCAGAGAAAAUAACCAUUUGGACUUGGUUAGACUUGAGGAUCUGUUUCUUCAAUCCAAAACAAUUCCAGGCAUGCCUCAGCCAUCAGCAACAAAGUGGACAGUGUAAAGGGACAGUCUAAGCCAAAAUUCACAUUCUUGAGGCAACAGAAAUCUAGAGGCUAUUGAGUGGAAAAAAUAACUUUUCUUUAUUCCUGUAGAGAAAUAAGCUUGCUUCACUUUUGUUUGCAAUGUGAUUUUGGUACUGGGGAUAUAAUUCUUUCAUCCUGGGAAAAUUUUUUAAAGAGCCAGUCUAGUUCUUUUUUAAAGGAAAACAACAACAAUAAAAACUCAACCCUGAUACAUAAAGGCUUUUCCAAAAUGUAAAAUGGUAGGUUGUACCACUUAAAGGGGAGGAAAAGGAAUGAGGUGCUCAGGAGGCCACUUCCUCUGGAGAGGUCAGAGCAUCAGCUUUGCAUCUUUUGCCAUGGGCUCUUGGCUACUGUGGGCUUAGAAAAUGUAAGCUAAUUUUCAUUUCAGCCUAAAAUGAACCCAGAAUUCGGAAGGUAGAUCCGACACACACACGCACACACACACACACACAUGCAUUUUUGUAAUUCAAACGGUAUAUUUGAAAGCCAAAUAUAAAUACCUUUUAGAUGAUCUGUCAUUUCAUCUGACCUGUGCUGGUCACCCACCUUUUAAUGCCAAUAAAUUAAAGUUGAACUUUUUUUUUUUUUUUUUUUAAAUCACUACUACCUGGUAUAGGCUGGGAAACUUUCCCACUUUUGAAACAAUGCUGGUAGAAUUAUUGAAGUGUCUGACUACCAUUACCCAAGUGUCAUGACAAUAUACCUCUGCAGUGAACUCUGAUUUUCAGCAGGUAGUAUAGUAGGAAUUUUUAAAAAUAUAAAAAGAACAGCCUGAGUCCCAAUGUUGUUGAAGAAUAAUGGACUCUAUUAAAAAGCAGAGGAAAAGGGAUGAUACAUGUGUUGAAGGUUGACCCUAAAGCCCAAACACAAGUCCUAUGAAAGUAACUGCCAUGAUUCUUAACAGAUCAGAGAUGAUUUUUGUUGUUGUUGUUGCUGCUGACACUGUGUAGUUGGACUUGUUAGCCUAACCAGGAAGAGUGGGUAAGAAAUGGUAGAUAGAGAAGGGAUAGAGCUGGUGUGCCUGUAACUUUCAAAUAUUCACAUGCAAGACUGGAUAGCUAAAUAAUUUUGUACAUUUAGCUAAGACCAAGUCACCUCUAAAACAACAGGAGAUUAUAGUUUUCAAAUAAGGCCCCCAAAUCCUUACUAAAGGAAGAGGGGGCUGUUUGUUGUAUAAGUCUCAUAAAUUAAUGAUAUUGGCUUUAAAUAUGGCUGUCCCGAUGCCCAUUUUCUGCCCAUGAUUUAUUUCUUUCUGAGGGAGAGGGGUGGGGGUUUGUUUUAGAAAGUCUCAGAAUGUGUUAUAAAAUACCAAAAUAAUGAUUAAUGUAAGGCCUUAUGUAUAGGUAGACACAAAGCCUAUAAUUGAGGCCGAUUGGGCUAUUAGAUGAAUCCCAUAGGGACUUGAAAUGCUCAUUGUUCUCAGAUACCAAAAGGACUCUGACAGUCUGAGACAGGUUAAAGUGAGAGCCCAAGCUGUCCUUAUAGGUUUUUGAGUUUGGUUGACUGGAAUCAACUUGCUGAGACCUUUUUAGUGGAGAAAAUGUGUAUAAGGGAAAAAAAAAAAACCACAUUGCUACAGGUCUGUUCAUUCCAUGGAAGCCUUCCACAUUGCUCCAUCUUCAGCAGCAGACAUUUCACAGAGCAUAAACCUUGGUAGAUAAGUUUGCCUAAAGCUUAUACAGUCUGUCAGCGUGGAUGUAUAUGGAUUUAGAGACAUCUCUCGACAUGUAUUCUCAUAGCUGUCCUUAUAGCAACACACAUUACCUAUGGGUGUCCAGACUGUGCACAGACAUCUCCAUACAUGUAUGCUGUCAUCUGUUACAACAAAUGAGUUCAAAUGAUCACUUAACAUCUAUGUGAGACUUCUACAAUGUGCAUUGCUUUAUUUAUUAUAACAUCAAAAACUAAAGUGCAGGAAAGAAAAGUAUCCCAGCAUCUUCAUGGUGUACACUUGGAAUUACUUUCAUUUGGGCACAUCCAAGAUAAACUCAACUUUCAAGAAACCUUGGAUAUUGUUUAAUCAUCUGUGUAAGAAUGACACAUAUGCUUGAUGACUUCGGUUGAAUAGCUUUAUUCUGGAUCUCUCAUAACUACAGCUAAAUCCAAAGACCUGGAAAAGGACAAGAAAGAAAAAAGAAAAAAAAAGGAAAAAAACAAAAACAAAAAAAAAAUAGCAAAGUGCAAAGUCAUAGGAGAAAAGUGGGCUCUGGUUUCCAGGGUUGAGACAAUGGGAUGUGGUGUCGUGGGGGCUGCACCAGCUAGAGGGGGAGGUGGGGAUUUUUUUCUUUGUGCUUGUCACAUCGAAAUGGUCUUUAUGAACAUGAGGAAGUUUUAGAGGUUAUGAUUUCCUGCUUUAUUUUCACUUAGCUAUCGAAAGAGGCUAUACAUUUUGUCCAUCAAAAAAAAAAAAAAAAUGAAGACCGUCAAAAAGAAACAUUUUUCCCCCCUUUGUCUCUUUGGGUUAUGACCCAACAGGCUAUGUACCAUUAAUGUAAUUAAUUUAUUUAAAUUAGUUUCUAGCACACAAAUGUAUAGGAUUUUGGUAAUUAGUUCAUCAUCUUAGGUUAAUUUUACUCCUCGUGCUUAUUUAUCGAAAUAUAGACCAAUGGUGCAUCAGAGAUGCAAGAUUUCUUUUAGGAUUCUCUUGAAAGAUGGUUUGCUUUAUAAAGCAGUGAAAAUCUGUUACAGACAGGGAAAAAGUACAGGUUACCAAAAAAAAAAAAUCAAGGUAUUUUUCCUUCUCGAAUUAACUUUGAAAAUAGUUUAAUGAUUAUUAAAUUAUUUAAUUUAAGUUUGCAGCCCCACCUGGUACCAGGCAAAUGUCACCUUUUAAUUAUUGGGGCCCUCAGAGCCUUCCUAUCGUAACUUAUUUAUUUAACUUAUUCAGCAUCUACAAAAGGUGCACUGUAUAGUUUAUAUUUUUUAUUUAAAACAAUAGAGAGCACUGCAGUUUGUUUGCUGUCAGAACAACAGAGCAAAGUUUGUGGACGAGCAAUGACUAUUCAACCCGAACCUGUGCGUUCAGAAAACACAUGUCGAGACCCUGCUUCACCAGCCUGGAUUUCGGGGCUUCUUUACAGAAACUGGAAAAAAAUAAAUAAAUUUUCAAAGAUCAUAACAGCAAAAAGAGAGAAACCCUUACACUAGCUGCUUCCAAGAAUGAACUCUGUAUGUGUGUAAAACAACAAAACAAAAAGGGAAAAAAAAAAGCAGAAAAAAGAAAAAAAAAAAGGAAAAACUUUCUAUUUCUAGUGAGAACCAAAGAAGGCUACCUCACUGACUUUUUCCAUUUGUAAUUUUAAUCGUGUUGAUGACACCAAAGAUACCAAAGAUUUCUUUCUCUGUGCGGUCUGCAUUUUGCUUGUGCUCUUUUAUAAUUUUAACUAUUCUCUCUGACAUAUGGUAUGUACAGCCACAGCUCAGAUACCCCAAAGAAAUAAUUAUCUAUGUGACGGUGGCUGCUAAUUUGGAAAGGGAUAUUUUCUGUGUUUCUCUCAUUUGUUCACUGUCCCCUGCACAUGUUCAGGAUGCAAGUUCAGAUGCUGCUGUAAUUGGACUCCUUAAAUUCCAAUUCCAAAUUGGUGAAGAAGACUGGUUGGAAGUGGCCUUCAGUCUUAGCUGUGACCUCUGUCCCCGCUUUGGAGCUAUCACAGUAAAGAUUUCUAAUUAACUGAACCAUAGAAAUUCUAAUCAUUGAGCGAAAGAGCUGGAAGGGACCUUAGAAAUUUAGUCCAACCCCCAGAGGCUCAGAGGAGUGAAAUAGUUACCCAACCGUCUAGGGGCAAAGCCCAGACAAGCCUCCUCCUGCCUUCUGCUCCAGCGCUGUACCCAUUGCUCAGAGCUACCUGUGCAUGAGAUGGGCCAUAUGUUGGCAGAGAGGAAGGGGGCAAUCCUUUAGCAAUGAGUGGGGUCUGGGGCUUGUCACUUAACAUUUUCACUCUGUAGAAGCAGCCACAGGCAUUUCAAUGCCAUCUGGUUAGCAUCUCAACAUAAAGUCACAUAAGAUGAGUUGCUUGCAAAGGUGGCCAGUCGUAAACUAUUAAAGCUCAUAGAGGGGUUUUUGCCCUGGAAGUAGGCAUUGAUCCGUGUGACCACUUUUGAGCCUCUGCAUUGCAAAGUGUUGUAUAUAGAAACGUUUAAUUCAGUGAGAAGAUAAAGUCCAUUCUUGGUCUGUGGAGUUUCAUUAUUAUGGAUAUUUUUAGGUCAUAUUUAUCAGAGAAAGGGACUUUGAUCACUGCACAGGUGAGAGUGAAGCUGUUCAGCUUUUGUCUUUUUCCUCUUGACGUGUGGGUGUUUAUACUUUGUUUCUAGGCCAGCUCUGUAUAUAUGAGAAGUUUAAGCCUUACAUCCUUGGAUCCUUAGGGAUUAUUCAUUGUAAAUGAAAGAUAACCCUAGAAUUUCAGAGGAAUAGAUAGAUAGACCACUUUCAGAAGUGAUUAGUUAAAGUUGCUUCUCUCUUCCCUUCUUACUCAUAAAAUUAAUUGGUCCUCUGUAAGUUUCUUUUGAUUCCAUUAAAUGAUUAAAUCACUAUUAAGAUCCAUUCCUCAGAGUGAUUUGUAUGUUAGCCAAUGAAUCAUUCUCAGCUUUUGACCAGAUGGGUUUUAGACAUAUGCAAAGAUCCACCUCUAGUCUGUAUGGCUCUUUAUUGAGUACUCAUGUUUUUUGCUUCACAUACUGUACUUGUCUUUGAGCUUUUUAAGAGACUAUUAGACAAAGAAACUAAGAAGGGAAAAGACCAGUCAACUCAUCCACCUCAUGCAUCAAAAGAUUAGCUGGUAGAGGAAUUUAGAAGACAGAUUGACAAGACUAGGAGACACAUACCCCUUUGCAGUUUCCCAUACAGACACCUGUGAAAGUUCUCCCUUGUUCAGACAAGCUCCAAGCUCCAUCUCCCCCCGCCCCCCCCCCCCAUAUGAGGCAAACUUGCAAGGCCUUCCUUCCAAACAGCAAAUGACUUUGGUUUUCUUCCCAAAUUCCUAUUAAAAACAGAAUUUUCAGAAUACCUGGGAGACAUAAGAAAGAAGAUCUGCUGUUUGGGCAACAGAGUGCUCCCCUAGAAGCAAAACAAACUCCACCCUCCCCACUACCAAGCCCCCACAAGAGGGAACCCAGAGAGAGUGAUUGCAGCCUGAACACAGAAAACAUCCCAAUUGGCAGUCUCCUCCUCAGCAACCCCCCCCCCCCGCCCCCUCCCAGCCUCAUGCUUCACUUGCAAAGUGUGACAUAACCACGGGACGAGUGCCUUGCUUGAACCAAAGCAACGAUUUAGCCAGUCUGGACCUCUCUGUGCUUUUUUUAAUCCUUCCUGUGAAUACCUCAGCUUCAACUGGGCCUCCAUACAGUAAAUUGGUGGGCUUAUUGUACUGUGGUGCUUUGCAAUGCAACCCUGCAAAGAACAAGAUUUGUACUAAUACCAAAGGUUCUUUCUCUCUGUCUCCUCCUUCUGCCUCCCCCAUUCUUGUCCCUUUUCUAGUUUUUCACGGUUCCAAAGCUUUAAUAUGAACCUGGGCAUGUUGGCAAUGCAGACCGCGCAAAUCCUUACCGAAUUUUCUCAGAUAUACCUCAUAGAUAAUAGUGUUUAGAGUAAUGUUAUUAUAGCGUAUGUAAUAAAUUAUUCACUGUUUCUUUUGGUAACUGUGAUUUAAAAAAAGAAAAAAGAAAAAAAAGCUUUAUACGUUUUAGGUUGUGCUUUUGUAAUAGACAAAAAGGUGCGCUUAAAAAAAAUGUAUGUUCUUUUUUUUUUUUCCCCUUUGGAUUUUAUUUAUUCUGGAUUGGGGAAAGUUGCAGAAUGAGCCCAAAGUUUACAGUUUCAUAUUUUGCUGAAGAAACAAUCUGUGUUCAUUUGCUCUGUUGAAAAAAAAAUUAUUUUCUACAUUUGUGCUACUUGGUCUGAACAAUUAAUUGUUCUGUGUUAACAGUGUAGUAUUAUAAUUAGCAACUGCCAAUCAGUGCUAUAAUUUUAUGCAUGAGGCUAAAAAUUUAGCAGUGUGAUGCAUUGUGGUCUUAAUAGCAACAUUUUUCAUUUUGAACUAGAUCUUCCCCUUUGGUUCAAUGGACUUUAUUUAUGCAUGGGUGCCGAUCGUUUGUUAGCAGUUGUUGAACAGUUGUGUAUACAUUAAACUGUGAAAAUGUACACAGUUCAGCCUCAGACAUUGGUAAUAUUGGUUUUAUUGGGAGAUAUCUCACCUCAAAAAAACCUUUACAUCUAUUGAGAUUUCAAAAUGAGUCCAAUUGAAUCGAAUUCAAAUUUUAGGAGAAAAGUCAUUCCAAGUUUGAGUUACCAACGUGCAUUCCACAAAUCGGGAUCCUCAUAACUGACCAGCAGUACCACUGUAUUUGAGAGGGGUUUGGAAACAAACAUUGAAAAAAACAACUCAACUCUGCAUUUUUAAUUUCCUCGAAAAGGAGUCACUUUGGCUUUAUGUUCAUGACCUCAGACCUAACUGGCCGUGUUAAAUGGAGAUAUGAAACCAUCCAGCCCUAACUUCUCCAAGAUCUCUGCUUGGGAAUGCCCACUUUGUGCUUGUUUUUUUUCUGAUAUUUUGUGGUCAGGUCGAUUCUCAAUAGAAACUCAAAUGGUGUUAAUAACGGUAAUUAUUCUGGGCUUUUUUUUUUUUUUGUCCAUUUUCCUGGACAACCCCACCAAGUGUUCCAGUGAUUUGGGCAAAAAUAGAUGGCCAUUCCCCAAAACAUCACCUGUGCAGUCAUAUCGUGGUUCUUCCUCUCAAGGGACAGACGUGACCCUGUUUCCCGCCCGACAAUGUUUCUCCUGUCCUAGAGGGGAGAAACCCAGUUUUGGAAAACCAUCUUUGUUUAAACUCCCCAGUUACCUGAGGCCUCUAUAUCUCAAAAGGCAUUUUACAGUUGCAGUGGAUUGGGCAAACUUGCUCUUUCUUACAUUUGGGGUCUGAAACUCAUUCUCAAGUUUCAUACCGAUUUCCCAAACCAAUAUGCUUGACGUAAAGCCAAACCAACUGCCAAGCACACUUUAUUCUGCAUAGGAGAGUGCAGUUUGGGAAACAGUGGUGGGAAAACAGCAAUCUGCUAUGCAAAUUAUUAGAAACUGCCGACCAGUAGAACGUUCCUAUUGCCAGUCAAUGAGAAUUUUGGGGAAUGCGCUUUCAUUAAUGGAAAUUUUUUUUUAAUUUGGCCUUAUAAAGUAGAUUGUGAUAAUGAGAGCUUUGUAAUAUACAGUCUUUUUAAUUUUUUCCCCUGGUUAAUUUGCCAAAGAUGGGAUUGGAUACCAGAAUUUUAAGUUGGCUUCUGUUAAGACAGUUAAUGAUUGUAAUAGUGUUCAAUCUUCCAGAAAGCUUUGUAUGUUCUUCCGCAAUAAACAAAAUAGAUCAUUUGUUUCAGUGAAGUUCUCCUCACACUCACAAACCCACAAACUAUUCCUCUUGAUGGAGAUACUGAAAUAUCUACAAAGUUCAAAUGCAUUUUCAUCCAAAGUAAACAGAGGAGUGUCUGAGACAUGAGCGUGCCCAGCCCUUUUUAUGACAAGCAAUGCAUGGGUCUGGCUCACUAAGAUUUGCCAAGAAGACUUGUCUUAUGAAACGCAAGGAAUAUUUCGUUAUGCCAUUUUAUGUCCUUUUUUUUUUUAAACUUUGUGGAAAGUGAUAUGUUGAAUCAAGUGUAAGCUGAGUUUUCCAGACAACUGAAGUAGCUACAUCGUGAAUGUUAUUUUGUUAUUAAAGGGUUUUUACUCAAUGCUUUGUGCCAGUGGAUGUCCUUUCCUUGGAGACACAGAACUAUGGAAUUCCCUCAGCUUGGCCUGGAUUUCACUUCUCUCAUGGGGGAACGUGGGCCUAGCCUGGGAAAUUAAAGUCAUGGGCUAGAAGGUAGAUUUGGGCAUUAGGAAGAGAUCUCCAUGAGUGUCACUUUAAAGAGAGCUGGGACCAAGCUUGCUAACCUUUCUCUCAAUCUCUCUCUCUCUCUCUCUCUCUGUCUCUCAACCCCAGCACUUCUCUGAGAUCCCUUGGCCUUGAGCACAUGCCAGCAUGAAAGCAGACCCCAAUUCUUACAGAAAAGGCAAGGAAGAAAUCACAGCAACCCCAAAUCUUCAGUGGCCCACCAGGCACUCAUCUCUCCCCAAGCUGGGCUUUACCAGCCAAGGCUAUGGGUGAACCAUCUGGUUUGCUUUACCGUCUUGUCUACUGCAAAGCAUCCAGGUCCCCACAAUCCAGUGGGGCUCUUUCAAACCAGAAUCCCCCUUACCAUCCUUCCUCUGCAUCCUGGUUUAGCUGUUUUAUCUAUAACUUUGUAGACAGUUACUUGGCAAACAAAGAGAAGUAUGAGUAGGUUCUUCUUGUCGUCUUGUUUCUAAUUUGUAUUUUAGCUAUUCCCAGUUCUUGGAUCUGGAAAGAUACUAGAGGGAAAAGGAGACCCCACUGCCUCUCUGUGCCUUGCUCAUCUCUGAGGGGACCGUGCAUUGCCCAUGCUGUUGAUCUUUCAUAGGAGACAGGCUGAACCACAGCUGUUGAGUCAACCAAGAACAGGGCAUAGUAAUGCCUAUUUUAUCUCUUCUUGAAAGUCCUACUAAAAAGAAGAACUUGGGAUUUCCCACACACACCCCAUUUUCCUUGCUUUGAUUCAAUUUGGCAUUUUAGUGUAAGAGUCAAUUUGCUCUCUAGGAAAUUUUUUUUUUUUUCAGAUUAUGACAGGGAACCUGCUACCUAGGAAGAAAGAUGAAGUAUUUGAAGACUAGCUAUUGAGUCGGUUGUCAUACCAUUAACAGAUACUUCCUUGAAGGCAGAAUUUAUUUCCUUUCUUACCGUGUCAUUUUGUAUCUAAAUGGUGCCAGCAAGCUUUUAACCAUGCAAGAUUGUAAGACAUCUGCCAAUUGGAAUUCCUGAAACAGGAAGACUUUUUUAGAAGAACAGGUUCUUCACACUAAAAAAAAUUAUAAAGAACAUCUAAUUUAGGCAGGCAGGGACUGAGAUGACGUGGGCAACACCUUGGUGCUGGUUAUUCUUUCAAUCCAUAUCUCCAACCACCAGAUCUUGUUUCCUCCCCUCAAUCCUAGAGCAAGCAGUUCAGGCCUUUCUCCCUCAGUCCAGGAUGCCAAACAGUUUUAUGGACAAAAAUGAUUAGGAUUGACCAACGUUUCACUUAGUUCUCUUCUCCAUCCUUUGCUUUUCUCCAAGAAGGUGUUUUCCUGUACUGCAGAGAAAAGAGCCUAGCCAUUUUUUUCAUCUUUCCUAUUCUAAUAUUUCUAUACAAAUUAACGUUUUAUUAGUACAAGUAAAGUAGGUUCUUUCUUGGCCAAUGAAUUCUUAAUAGAGAACCUAUUCCUUCCACCAAAGUGAGUGAGAACAAAUUCUAAAAUUUUUUUCAUGGGUUUUUGUUCUCAUUAUUGAGUGAAUCCUGGCUUUUCGCUUACUUUAGGCCCUGACCUCAAAGGUGUUGCUUUGGGGUAUUAAAAACACCUUUUAAUUUCACAUCUUGGCCUGUAGGGCUUGAAUCCUUUCUUGCAAUCUAUUGGUUGCCUUAUAGUUUCAAGGGUGACUAGGACGAGGGAAAGGAGGAAGAGGAAAAGAGAGAAUAAUUUGCCCCAGCUCUAUUUAAAGUUUUAAAAUGUAAAGAAGAGACUUACUAACCCAUUGGGAAAUGGCUAUAGAGCGGUUAACCCCCACUGUACCCAUUCAGAGCCCCUACUCUGCCACAUGGCUUCUAGGUCAGCUCUUCCAGAAACUCAGCCUUGUAGUAGAAACCCUACCUUUCAUAGGUCCUUAUCCAGAUUCUAAGAUGACAAGAGAUCAAAGAGUCACAUGCACACCUCUUGUUCUAUUUCCUUGAUUUUUCAAAUAUUAUCUCCAAGAAAAUCAUAGAGGAAAACUUUAAACUUUAUUUUUAGUCAAUCCCUUUGAUAUCACCUCUUAUAUUUAAAAUCAGGAAAACACACCCAUAAAAUUUGUGCUCCCUUCUGUUUUGAAAAAGUAAACUCACAUGCUAGUUAAUCUACAUUCUUAUUUUUCUUUACACUCUGAGCUAUAUUUCCAAAGCAUAUUAUAACACAGAUUUCACCCCAUCUCAGACAUGUUAAGUCAGACUGUGCUGAAAGAUUUUCCAGGGAUGGUCAACAGGGUAUAUGUUCAGUGGCUGCCCUGAAAUCCUGGUGGGGAUGAGGAUCACACACCAUUAUCAAGGGGCUGCUCACCCCUUGAUAAGCUCCCAGUCCUUUGGAAGAUUUCUUUGAAUGUUAAUUGCAUUUUUCAAUUUUGCUCAUUUCCCACCCUGAUGUUUUGUCCACAACAUUACUUACACUGGAUUCUUUCUAUUUUUAUUCCUAUCAUUAAAUGGUAGUGCUGUAAAUUCUGCAAUUAAUGUCAAAUAAACUGCUUUCAUUCAUUGA